AUGCGCCGCUGCGUGUCGAGGUUCAGCUUGGCCAGGUCGGCCGGCGGCCGGUACGCAGGGCCCUGCACCUCGGCCGCCAGCGCCUCGGCCUCGGCGAUCUGUGCGUCCACGUGCCUCUGGAGCGUGGCCACGCGGCCCGCGUCGGCCUUCACAUCGGCCGUCUGCGAGGCCACCGCGACGAGUGACGCGGAGAUGGCAGCCGGCGUGGGCGACGCCAGGCCCAGCUCUGCAGAUGCGGCAGCCAUGGCGUCGAGGGCAGCGUGGCCGUCGCGCGUGAGGGAGGCUUCGAGGGCGGCGAGGAGAGCGUCGCGGACGUCGCUGCUGUUGUCGUUGGUAUCGGUGCCGUCGACGGCGGUGGGAGCUGAGCCAUCUUCUCGGUUCUGCAGUCCGCGCUGCGAGGGCGACGGCGAUUCUAUCUCGGCCAGGGCGGAGCGCUCGACCCGGUCCAGGAGCCGGCGCUGGUCGUCGGCCGACUCGUUGAGGGUCGCGAGGGCGAGCAGGGCGCGGAGCGUCUCCGGGUUCCGCUCAAACGUCGGCGGCUGCCGUGGGCGGAACUUGGAGGCCAGCCAGGCGUCGACAAAUGACCAGUCCUUUGCGGUCGAGGCGGCGGCGCGGGCGACCGAGGGGGAGAAGAUUGCUGCGUUUGAUGCGAGGCGAGUUGGUUCAACCCCGGCGUAUCAUCUGGUUGCCGUAUGGAGAGUGUUUGAUGGAACUUACGGUAAGUCGCGUCAUUCCAAAACCAAGAGCGCGCCUUUGGUGGGGUAG